GGCUAACAGAGCCUUCAGUCUGUAGCGCCUGUUUCUUCGAGUAACAUAGUUGGAAUGCCGUUAAACUGAAGUGCUUCGUGCGUCAGAAUGCGCUUGAUAAUAGACAAAUUAACAAUGAGCAAUUCGCGCAUGUAGUUAUGAAGUUUUUCAAAAACUUCAAAUUUAAAAGGAAUUCGUGCUUCAUACGGUCCAACAAGAUAAUUUGCCAGAAGUUAUUGAAAAGGAUAUCAAAGUUGGUCUAGAAACGCAGUCCGAGGCUGACAGCAGCUCAUCGAACGCAAUAGGACUAGAUUGAAUAUAAAUCGGAAGCCAGCAUGGACGAAAAACUAGACAAAUAUGAGAUAUUCAGAAACUUCAUCGGAAGGCUGCUAGUUAUAGGCGGCAUUUGGCCAUAUCCCGAGGAGCAAAUUUACUUUUAUAGAGUCAUAUCGUUCUACGGGAUCAUCGUCUUCACCAUUCUCGUCGCGAAAUCCUUCUUCUUCUGCCUAGACAAUCUGAACAGCGUGUCGAUGCUGGUGCGCGGGAUGAGCAAUUUCUUGAGCCUCUCCACGCUGCUUUUGAAACUGAUAAUCUUCUUGGUGUAUCGACAAGACCUUAUACUGCUAGAAAACGAACUGGGCAAGAGAUUCGAGAACGAGCUGAUGGUGAAGGAGAACCGGCCGAUACUGCUCAAAAGAAUUACCUUAUACACGAAAUUUAUGUUCGCCGUUGCCAGCCUCUUGUUCGUCUCGCUGUCCAUGUACACCAUUAUGCCCAUUGUUGUUUUGAUCAAAAGCAACAAGUACGUUCAGAUAUACUACGGCAAAUAUCCGUUCACGGUAAUACCAGGGACUCCGCGCUACUGGAUGGUCCUUUCGUUCGAGCUCUCCGCCGGCUUGUACAUAUGGACCGUUAUGAACGGCGUGGACAGCGCGUUCGGCUUGCACUGCUACCGAAUCAGCGGAUUGCUCCGGAUAGCAGGACACCGCUGCAAAGAGCUCGUGCCGCACGACUCGGACCACAGACGGCAGCUGCGCGAGUGCGUGCAGCUGCACCAACUCGUUAUCAGAGCCAAGGCAGCUCUGCAGAACGCUUACGGGAUCAUCGUCAUCUGGACCUACAUCACCAGCGCGAUCAUCAUGUGCAGCCUCAUGUGGCAGGCUACCCAGCUGAUAAAAGUAUUGACACCGUACCGAGGAUUUUAUUUCAUGUGCUACAUAACGCUGAAAUUCAUGCAGGCGUAUACCUACGCCUAUUACGGUUCGAUAGUUUCCUACGAAAGCGAGAACUACGAGGACGCGAUCUAUUUGUCGCAGUGGCCGGGAUCGGGAAAUGUCAGGCUGAUGAAGGAUCUGUUGAUGAUUCGCAUGCAACGUACGGUGACGCUCAAAGCUCUCGGAUACUUCGUUGUGACCAUGCAGAUGUUUGAAAAAAUAGGCCAAUUUUUUCCGAUGUACGCCGAAGAGAAACUGGACACUUUGGGAGAAGCUGCGUUAACGAAGUACACGAUAUACUCAAGAGACAUCAAAAGACUGCUGAUCGCCUGUGGAGUGUGGCCAAGUCUUAACCCGACGUUGCGCUCGGCAUUGUCGUGUCUCACACUGGCAUGCUUGUCGUGGGGAUUCUUCGGAACGCUCAAUUUUAGUCUUCACCACAUCUCGGACAUAAUGGUUUUCACGAAAACCAUCGGCUUAGUCAUAUCGCUGUCCGGCAUAAUAUUGAAGAUUUUCACGUUUAUAGCGUACCGCGAGAACUUGACGAGUCUGAAUCAGCACCUGUCCGCGUAUUUCCUUCGCGACCUGAAUAAUCCGGAUAACCAAGCGCUCGCCCUUCAUUAUUAUCAGUCGUUCGCCAACGUGUUCUACACUGUUACGUGGACCGUCGGCGUGGCGUGCUUGCUAAAGAUAAUAGUGCCGAUAUUGGAGCUGAUACACGGCAACUAUUCGACGACGGCGCCGGUGAUCUAUCCGAUCAAGUACGAGCCGGGCGGCCUUGUUUACUGGAUAAUCCAAGCGAUGGAUGCUUUUGCAGUAUUCUCGGUCUGGACGGUCACCUGCGGCGUCGACAACCUCUUCGGCUUGUACACGCUGCAGAUAUGCGGCGAGUUCCGCGUGCUGGCGAGCAAGUUUCAGCGUCUGAAAUCUUCCGCGGAUUAUCCGAGGGACAUCGAGGAGUGCGUUCGAAGGCAUCACGUGCUCCUCAGGUCCAUGGAAACGUUCAAGAGAAUUUUCAGUAUUUUCAUCAUAUGGCUGGCCAUCACCAGCGCCGUCAUUCUCUGCACUUUCAUGUUUCAGAUGACAAUGAUGCUGAAGACGAAAGUCAUCCGAGAGAUCAUGUACACCCUCACGUACAUCGCAUUCAAGCUCAUGCAAGCUUUCAUGUACGCGUGGUUCGGCAAUCUCAUAGCAGAAGAAAGCCAAUUGUGCUUGGACGCGAUGUAUAGUGCUGAUUGGGCCGGUUCCGGUGAUAAGCGACUCAUGAAUGACGUGCUCAUCGUGCUUCUGCAGAGGCCGAUCGUUUUCGUCGCCAAAGGAUGCGUGCAAGUCAAAAUGGACAUGUUUUUGAAAAUCCUUCACGCGUCCAUAUCCUAUUUUUGCCUACUCCAAGCGCUUGAUCAACGAAGCGAUCGCGACUAAGGCCGAGCUGAUGAACUAUGGCAACAGUUCAC